AUGAAUCGUUUUACUGAUAUUGAUGUAACAUCGAAAAGACUUCCAGCAGUUUAUGGUUAUCAAAAUCAACAACUUGUUCCAAUUGAAAAAGCUUUAGAACCUAUUGAAUCACAAAUUAAUGAUUUAAAAGGUUAUAUAAAAACAGCUAAAAAAUAUUGUCAUUUUCCAUCAGAAGACGGAUUAACACGUGAUGAAUCAGCUGCUGUUUAUAUUUAUACAAUGGAGUGUGAUGAAACAAGUUUAUAUCGUCUUCUUAAUAAAGCACUCAGAGAUGCAAAUAGACAAAAUAUUAAAGUAUGGUUUCCUUAUUUGAAAUUAUUCGAUACGGCUUUAGAUAAAUUACCAACUAUCAAAGGAAAUGUCUGGAGAGGUAUUCCUCUUUCUGUUGGAAACAGUUUUACUGGAAAUCAAGUUUUAACAUGGUGGACAGUUAAUUCUUGUUCGUCUUCAGUUAAUGUUAUUAAAGAUUUUCUUGGAAAUAAUGAAUCAACUCUUUUUUUAAUUGAAAUUAUUAAUGGAAAAAAAGUAUCUGGUUACACAGCGUAUGAAGGUGAAGAUGAAGUUAUUUUAAAAAUUGGAACACAAUUUCGUGUGAAAAGCAAUCCAUUAGAACAGUCGAAUAAGGCACAUAUUGUGCAUUUGAUUGAGACUGAUGAUAAUGAUGAUGAUGAAUUAGUAACAUCGCCUAUGAAGAAAUUAAGUGUCACGUCAAAUUCAGAAGCAUCCAUGUCACCCAACAGAGUUCCAACACAAGUUCCUGAUAAUGAUCAAGAACAUAAGCUCUGUCCUUUCGCGAAUAAAGGAACCUGCCGCUACAAAGAUAAUCAAUGUAGAUAUCGUCAUAAAAAGUGCCAAAAUUAUGAUUCAUGUUCACAGGACAAAUGUCCUCUCGCUCAUGCACCACGAAGCCCUAGUCAACCGUCAACAGGUAAUCGAAAAGAAUGCAAGAGUGGUAUUGAGUGUUUCAACUGUGACUGUAAAUUCCGUCAUCCAGAGGGAUGGAGUGCUUGUUAUGAUGGAGAACAAUGUAUCAAUUAUGACUGUAUCUCAAACCAUGCGUAUGGUCGCAAAAAAAAAUGUCGUGAUGGAAUGCAAUGCAAAAACAAACUCUGCAAAUUUCUUCAUCCGAACAACGAUACGGAACAAUCAGGUAUAAAAGAUGUAAAAUAUGAAGAUGGUAAACUCCAACUAUCGGAAAAUAGCUGA